UAAGGCCCCACCUAACUCAUCUUUGAUUGGAUUUUCUCCCUAGACUUGAUUCUGCAGGAAAUGGGUACCGGUGGAGCAGAAGACUGUAGGGAAAAAGAGCUUAAGGCGUUCGAUGAGACAAAAGCUGGUGUUAAAGGUUUAGUAGAUGCUGGGAUGGUGAAUAUUCCCAAGAUCUUCGUUCGGCCACCGGAUGAGCUCACCGGGGACUCGGACCGUUGUCAAAUCCAUUGCCAAGUUCCGGUCAUCGACUUCGACGGCGUCGAUGGCGACCGGCAUAAAGAGAUCGUUAACCAACUGAAGUCUGCAUCGGAGUGUUGGGGUUUCUUUCAAGUUGUGAAUCAUGGGAUCCCCCUGCAAGUUCUGGAAGACAUGAUCAAAGGGACAACCAGAUUUCAUGAGGGAGAUGUUGAGAUGAAGAAAGUGUUGUACUCGCGUGAUCGAACAAGAAGAGUUAGAUUCAACAGCAACUAUGAUUUGUAUAAUUCAAAAGCAGCCAGUUGGAGAGAUACGUUGACUAUUACGUUGCCUUCCAAUGAGUUGGAUCCCCAAGAAUUACCACCAGAUUGCAGAGAAUGUAGCAUUCAGUAUGUAAAGCAUGUGAGUGAGUUGGGACAUAGUCUGCUCAAGUUAUUAUCAGAGGCGUUGGGGCUAAACUCUGAGCAUUUAGUAGAGUUAGGUUGCGGCAAACGACGUACAUUUGUGUGUCAUUAUUACCCACCAUGCCCGCAGCCAGAGCUUACCUUGGGAACUACGAAGCACUCUGAUCCUUCCUUCCUGACAAUUCUUCUGCAAGACCAAAUCGGUGGUCUUCAAGUCCUCCAUCAAAAUCAAUGGGUCGAUGUUCAACCCAUUCCUGGAGCCUUAAUAGUCAAUAUUGGGGACUUUCUCCAGAUUAUGUCAAACGGUAAGUUGAAGAGCGUUGAACAUAGAGUGCUUGCCAAAAGUGUUGGUCCUAGAAUUUCUGUGGCGUGCUUUUUAACUGGAGAAUUUCUGGAUUCAAAAGUUUAUGGCCCAGUCAAAGAGCUUCUAUCAGAAAACAAUCCUCCUCUUUAUAGAGAUUUCACAAUAAGUGAAUAUCUUGCCACCUUUUUCUCCAGCGCACUCGAUGUAAAUUCGAAAACUGAUUCGCUCAAGCUUUGACGUUUGUAAUUUGAAGAUCCAAGCAAUUUAAUAAUGGAAAACUUUUUCUGCUCA